AAGCACUCAAACCUUGUGGCAGAAGGGGUGGGAUCGUGUCCUGUAUGUCAUCUCAUUCUUCCGAGUAAUGAUGAGAUCUCUCAUCAUAUUAAGAAAGAACACAAUGGUUUCAUAGAAUCUCAAAGAUUUUCGAGAGAGAACCGAAUGAUAUCUCCGUAUACGUGUCCCAUAUGUGGAAAAUCUUAUCUCAAUGAAGGUUCAUAUCGGCGCCAUUUGGAGAGCCAUCCGGAAGCCCUGUCGUCGCCCACCUCAUCCUCAUCGUCAUCGUCUUCGAUCCCUCUGUGGCCGUGCAGUGUCUGCACCAGUGUUUUCACAUCAGAAAUCGGUGAGCAAUGA